AACAUGUAACAGGGAGAGGUAGCAGAGAGAGUGCUAGAGGCACAGUCAUUUCCCAAGGUCUCACUGAAAGCCACAGGAUGACAAGACAUAGUCUUAAACUAUGCGCCAGGGGAGGUUUAGGCUGGACAUCAGGAGUUUCUUCACAGCAUGGGUAAUUAAACAUUGGAAUGUGUCGCCCAGAGUGGUGGUGGAGUCCCCAUCCCUGGAGGUGUUGAGGGAAAGACCGGACAUGGCGCACGGUGCUCUGGUGCGGUUGACAUGGUGAUGUCCGGUCACAGGCCGGACUCGGUGACGUGCCAGGACUUUUCCAACCUCACCGAGUGAGAGACGGCGCGCUCCGAGCUCGGGCGGGCCCCAGCGCAGCCCCCAGCGCUGCCCACCCCUCUCCUCCUGCCGCGGCCGCUUCCCGCCCGCCCGGGCCGGAGGGCGGAGCGCCCCUUCCCCGUGACCCCGCGGCUCCUCCUCCUCCCCUCCCCGCUCCUCAGUGCCGACGAGUAACCUGGGUUCCCGGCCCUCCUCCUCCCUUUUUCUUUUCUUUUUUUUUUUUUUUUUUUUUUUUUUUUUCCCCUCCCUUCCUUCUUUCCUCCUCUCCCCUUUUCUUUUCCUCCCCCCUCCCCUUCCCUUCCUUCUCCUCCUCCCCUUCCCCCGACGGCGUAGCCGGGGCUCGGGCUCGCUCCCUCCCCCGUGCCCUCCCCUGGAGCCGCCGCCUCCGCCGCCUCGCACGGAGACAUGUACCCGGGAGCCCCCUCCGCCGGACCCGUGCUCACACCUCCUCCUCCAUUGCCACCACCAAUACAGGGAUAUGCCUUUAAACCUCCUCCUCGACCGGAUUUUGGCACUUCUGGGAGAACAAUCAAACUGCAGGCCAACUUCUUUGAAAUGGACAUUCCUAAAAUAGAUAUCUACCAUUAUGAAUUGGAUAUAAAGCCAGAAAAAUGUCCUAGAAGAGUUAACAGAGAAAUAGUGGAGCAUAUGGUUCAGCACUUUAAAACCCAGAUUUUUGGGGAUCGCAAACCAGUGUUUGAUGGAAGAAAAAACCUUUAUACAGCUAUGCCACUUCCCAUUGGGAGAGAUAAAGUGGAGCUGGAGGUCACGCUGCCAGGAGAAGGAAAGGACAGAAUAUUUAAGGUGGCUAUAAAGUGGAUGUCCUGUGUGAGUUUGCAGGCUUUACACGAUGCUCUCUCUGGCCGGCUGCCGAGUGUCCCGUUUGAGACCAUCCAGGCCCUGGAUGUGGUGAUGAGGCAUUUGCCUUCCAUGAGGUAUACUCCUGUGGGGAGAUCUUUCUUUACAGCAUCAGAAGGGUGCUCAAAUCCUUUGGGUGGUGGCAGAGAAGUUUGGUUUGGCUUCCAUCAGUCAGUCAGACCUUCAUUAUGGAAAAUGAUGUUAAAUAUUGAUGUGUCUGCAACUGCGUUUUACAAAGCACAGCCAGUUAUUGAAUUUGUCUGUGAAGUUCUGGACUUCAAAAGUAUUGAAGAACAGCAAAAACCUCUGACAGAUUCCCAAAGGGUAAAGUUUACCAAAGAAAUAAAAGGUCUGAAGGUGGAGAUAACACACUGUGGACAAAUGAAAAGGAAAUACAGAGUAUGCAAUGUCACCAGACGACCAGCAAGUCACCAAACAUUCCCACUUCAGCAGGAGAAUGGACAAACAGUUGAAUGCACUGUAGCUCAGUAUUUUAAGGACAGGCAUAAAUUAGUUUUACGCUACCCUCACCUUCCAUGUUUACAAGUUGGACAGGAGCAGAAACACACAUACCUUCCUCUGGAGGUGUGCAACAUAGUGGCAGGACAAAGAUGCAUAAAGAAGCUCACUGACAAUCAAACUUCCACUAUGAUUCGAGCCACUGCCAGAUCAGCCCCAGAUCGACAGGAAGAGAUCAGCAAAUUGAUGCGGAGCGCGAGUUUUAACACCGACCCUUACGUCCGAGAGUUUGGGAUAAUGGUCAAGGAUGAAAUGACAGAUGUGACUGGCAGAGUCCUACAGCCUCCCUCAAUCCUCUAUGGAGGCAGGAAUAAAGCAAUUGCUACACCAGUGCAAGGUGUCUGGGACAUGAGGAAUAAACAGUUUCACACUGGAAUAGAAAUAAAGGUUUGGGCAAUUGCCUGCUUUGCUCCCCAGCGCCAGUGCACUGAAGUUCAUCUUAAGUCCUUCACGGAACAGCUGCGGAAGAUUUCCAGGGAUGCUGGAAUGCCAAUCCAGGGGCAGCCCUGCUUCUGUAAAUACGCCCAGGGAGCCGACAGUGUGGAGCCCAUGUUCAGACACCUCAAAAACACUUACACUGGGCUGCAGCUUGUCGUGGUCAUUUUGCCAGGAAAAACACCAGUCUAUGCGGAGGUGAAGCGCGUUGGUGACACGGUGCUGGGAAUGGCCACUCAGUGUGUGCAGAUGAAAAAUGUCCAAAGAACAACACCACAAACUCUGUCCAACCUUUGCUUAAAAAUAAAUGUCAAAUUAGGAGGUGUAAAUAACAUUCUACUGCCACAGGGAAGACCCCCAGUAUUCCAGCAGCCUGUCAUAUUCCUUGGUGCAGAUGUAACUCACCCACCAGCUGGGGAUGGGAAAAAGCCUUCCAUUGCUGCAGUUGUGGGAAGCAUGGAUGCUCAUCCCAACCGUUACUGUGCCACUGUGCGGGUGCAGCAGCACCGCCAGGAAAUCAUCCAGGAUUUGGCUGCCAUGGUCAGAGAGCUGCUUAUCCAGUUCUACAAAUCCACGAGAUUCAAACCAACUCGCAUCAUCUUCUACAGGGAUGGUGUUUCUGAGGGGCAGUUCCAACAGGUUCUCCACCACGAGCUGCUGGCUAUCAGGGAGGCUUGCAUUAAACUGGAGAAGGAUUAUCAGCCUGGCAUCACAUUUAUAGUGGUGCAGAAAAGGCACCACACCAGACUCUUCUGCACGGAUAAAAACGAACGGGUUGGAAAAAGUGGAAACAUUCCAGCUGGUACCACGGUGGACACAAAAAUCACCCAUCCCUCAGAGUUUGACUUCUACCUGUGUAGUCAUGCUGGGAUUCAGGGAACAAGCAGACCCUCCCACUACCACGUGCUCUGGGAUGACAAUCGCUUCUCGUCGGACGAGCUGCAGAUCCUCACCUACCAGCUGUGCCACACGUACGUACGCUGCACGCGCUCCGUCUCCAUCCCUGCUCCGGCCUACUAUGCACACCUGGUGGCCUUCAGAGCCAGGUACCAUCUGGUGGAUAAGGAACACGACAGUGCUGAAGGAAGCCACACUUCUGGCCAGAGCAAUGGCAGAGAUCACCAAGCACUUGCUAAGGCAGUCCAGGUGCACCAGGACACGCUGCGCACGAUGUACUUUGCUUGACACGUUUUAAUGUUCAGCGGCUCCGGACGAGGCAGAGUUGGAUUCACACCAGACCAGCUGCACUUAGACCAACAGAUGCCCCACCCCAGGGACAGCCAGCAAUGAGUGAUGCAUCUUUAUUCCUUUCUUUCCCAUUUGUAAGGAAGCCUUCCGUCCAGAAUUUCAGACUUGAUCACAAACUGCGUUCUUGUACCAAACCCCACUGUUGUCGGAAAUGUGGUUUGCCAAAAAUCUCUGAGCUGCUUGAUAUAAAACAGACCCAGAUUUUAUAAUUAAAUCAAGAGCUGCAAUCUCAGGGCUUAGGGAAGAAAAGCAAAAAACCAAACCAACAACCCAACCCACAGAACUCCUCAUUCAGUUAGCUGUUCAUUGAGUUGCUUUUGAUAAUUUGGAAAGAUCUAAUUCAUACUAAGGUUUGAUGAGCUAAAAUGCUGUGACUCAGCAUUUUUUGAGUAUUUAUGAAGCCUUGAUUAUUCUAGAUGCAUUUACAAAACUUUUAUUUUCAAAAUAAGAGCGUGACAAAAUUCUGGUUUCUAACUGUCUUAUAAAGAUUAUUCUCAGAUUAUUCUCUGUGUGUCUAAGGGCAAAUGUAUUUUCUGAAGCUUGUUCUUGAAUGUUUUUUAUUGUGCUGCAUUUUAAAAUGUUUUUCAUAGACUAAGGACAAAUUAAAAAAAAAAAAAAGAGAAAAAGAAUAAACCUGUACCUAAGCUUUUAAUAGCUUCAGUUAGAUUGGCAGAAGAAAAUGUGCCAUUUGAAAAAAUUUGUAAAGAUUUUUUUAAAGUCAUACUGACAGCUAACUUUAGGAUUUGUCAUACAGGACUGUGACACUUACUUUCCAAAGUCUCUAAAGUAUACGGGUCUGUGGUGAUAAAUACAGUACAAUCCUUUUUCACUGUUGUUUGAGUUAAUGUAAAUGUUAUAUAUGUUUCAACAGUAUUAAUGUGAUAGACUAGAUGCUAUUAUUUAUUUUUAUUUACUAAGGAGUGCUCAUUAUACUUCUGUUAACAUAUCAAGAAUGCUUUGAACUUAGAAAGUAAAAUCCUUUUUGUGGGGACAUUACUCCAAAUGCAAAAAAAAAAAAAAAAAUAUGCAAUCAACGUGUUGAGAGGAGAGAGAUGCAGCCAGUGUCUGUUGUAGCUUGGGAUUUGCAGAAAGGCUUUUUCAUUGUGCACACAGCACAGCAGGUUUUACCUCUGCGGUUCAGACGCACACAAGACCAACAUCCUACAUUAAUUCAAGCACAAAACAAUUGUAUUUUAUUUAUAUGCUGAGUAGUGUUAAGCAGGAGCUCUGCUAGAGGAGAGUGGCUCGCUGGAAGUUAGGAAGAAGUCAGAGAAUCUAUGCAGUAAAGAUAAAAACUAGGAAACUGAAGUUUACUUAGGGAGGGAGGUGAAACUCUCUUCAUUAUGCAUAAGAGAUCUGUAGGAAAUGUGAGAGUUUUGCCAUUCUCUUAGGAGAAGCAUUAAUUAAAACUGAUAAUUACUAGAAAGACGCUUCUAUUAGUUUGCACACUGGAUUCAUAAAAACCAUUACACACAUGUAAACCAUUGCACUAAUGACAAUGCCACGAGCAGGUUUAGGAGAAAAUGGAAAAAGCCCGGGAAAGUUGUUUUUGCUGACUUGAUCUUGAUUAUUUUUCCAUGGGAUAACUGAAGUAAGAUGCUGAGAGGCAGGUUGGAAAACCUUCAUUCUCUUCCAUUGAUGGAUUUUCUUUGUCUUUUCCCUUUUCUCCAAGCAGCUGCUCAGUCUCUGUUUGGACACUUUUACCUCUGGCCACUGGGAUGGGCAAGUAGCUUUAACCCAUGCAGAGCUCUGGGCCACAGAGCAGGUCAGCUGCAACCAGGUGAUGUUGGAUAAGCUAGAAAAUGCCCAACCCUUGCUGCAUAAAGACUUUUAGGUACAUAAUUCCAGUUCAGAUCUUCACCUUGUAGCAAGUAUGUUGGUUGUCAGUGUUUUGUAGGUGAAAUAUCGAACCUGUUAAUGGAAUAAUUGUAUUUGUACUAUUCUAAUUGGGUGAUUAGGCUGCUGGCUCAGAAUGUCUUCUUGGUCAUAGUUCUAUAAACUCAGAUUUCUGUAAAUUGGAAGCAAGUCCUAGGUAGCAUUGUCUGUCUUGCUGUGUUCCAGCAAGGUUGUACCUACCUCCCCUCAAGUACCCCUAAGCUGCAGAUCCUCCCCAUGGUGGGUGUGUUGCACUUCUCUGUGUUUCCUUCAGAGCUUUCCUAUUUCAGUGAAGAUAUUCAUUUGGCAGAGUUUUAUAUAAGAAUUAUUUUUAUAUGAAUUCUUCUUAUCGAAUAGGAUAAAGAUCAUCCAUUUUAAGACAUCAUUUAAAUUAUUUGCUGUCUGUUAUGCAGAGACCUCUUGGAUGUGAAUUUCAUCCCCCUCUUUCCAUGCAGAUAUGGGACAAUGGAAUUGUACAGGUGGUCAGAUGGGGUGAGGAGGUCAGGAUCUGUCUUGACCUCAAGUCUCAUUUCUGAAGCAGCCUGGGACUGCACUGCAUCCUAUCUAAGAUGUUUCCUUUGUUAGAAAAGGAGUUUUAGGCAGGCCCUUAAUCUGAGACUAGUUGUUGUUUGUAUAUCCUCUUGGAAUGAGCAGAAAUUCUGCGUGGCUUUCCUUCCCUAAGUAUGAAGAACUUGGGAUGUUUGUGUGCAUUUCAGGACAUUUUUACCUUUUACAGAUCUUUCUAAGCCUCUAAUACUGCUAAUUCUUCAUGCCUUGUGUCUCCCUCCUUUUCCCUCCCACCAGUGGUGAAUUAGUGAAUAAUUUAAAGUAUUUAAAAAAACCAAACUGAUAGGCAUAUACUUUAUAUACAGCAUGCUGGCAGUCCAGCACCUCUCUUUCUGGGAAUAGUUUUAAUAUAAAUUGCAUAUUCAAGAAUGUCUCCUGUCCAAAAAAACCCACCACAAACACCUAAAAUCCUAGUAUUAUUUUUUUAUUCUGUACCACCCACAUAUCUGGUGUAGAACAGCAACAUCUCAGGUCAACACAAAGUUUAAGGUUGCUGGUGGAGAAGUGCCAGCUGAGGUCACAGCUCUGAGUCUCUGGGUCACUGUGCAGGUCAGGUCAGCAAUAACCAAAUCUGUGCCACUCUCGGGCACUUGGGGCAUUUUCAACCCCAUGCAAAGCAGUCCCACUGCACAACCCCCCAAAGCAGCAUCAGCAAGUUUGAAAUGAUCCUCCUGGGAGGUGACAAGUACUAUCAGAAGACAUGAAAUACUUAAAAGUUUAUCUUUUUUUUUUUUCCCUGAUGUGCAAAAUCUGAUGCAAUAAUGAAGUUUGCUUGGUGGUGGAAAUCUCUGCUCCAGUGGCUGAACUGAGUAAUGAGUCCACUUCAUCUGUUCCAGCACCCAGGAAACAACUGAGCUGAUCCUUUGGAGUAAAUGUCCUUUUGGGAAAUGCUGGAAGGAGGUGGAUUUGUCUGGAGUAAAUGUCCUUUUGGGAAAUGCUGGAAGGAGGUGGAUUUGUCUCUGCCUUUAUGUGGCAUUUAAGACAGCCCUAUGCAAUGUAACACUUGUGUGUGUGUGAAUGCACUGAUGUACAGAGUGAGAUCACUUGUUUUAUUAGUGCUCCUUAUUUUGGCUUGGCUUGCUUUAGAAUAUUUGACUUUGUGAAUUACAAUCAAUGAUCUUCCAUGUUCCAGAGGCUUUGGCACAGGAAUUCCCUUGUUUCUUGAUCAGUCAGGUAGCAAAUGCCUUUGAUCUCCAUCCAGGCCCGCAGGCAGCAUUCCCUGAUUGUAAAAGCAAAAAGGUUGUGAAGAUUUGGCUUUAAUUCUGCCUCUCUCAAUAACUCCUUCAGCCUUUGUCUGUUGUAACAGAGUCUUGCUCUUGUUGAAUCAUUUUUGUAACAUAAGACGAGGUUUUUCCAAAAGGAUUUUCAAAUUGAAACUUCUGGAGAGUAGGUGUGAGGAGUUCAGUUUUUUUUUUUUGUUUGUUUGUUUGUUUGUUUGUUUUUUUCUGAUUGAAGUUUCUAAGAUGCUUCUAAGUUUUUAUUUCUGACUAAAGUUUUUUGUGUACGUGCCCAAAAGCUUUUGAUUAAAUAGCAGACUCAGUCAAAAAAGCAUCGCUGGUGGCAUAAAUAACCCAUAAGGGGACUUUUUUUUUGUUUUUAAAGACAUCUUUUACACAUUAACAUAAUGAAUGUUAAAGAAGAGUUCUCAGUUAUUUUCACACUUGAGACCAGUGUAAUUAAAGUCACUUGUUUUCCUAUAUUUUAAUGCUCUUCUCCUGCCAUAGCAUCUCUUUGUGUGGCUUUCCCCAUUCCUAAUGCAGGGCAGUUCUUUGUACUUUUAUAUUCCAUUUGGUAACAUGCUUUUUGAUGCACAGAUGCCAUCUUUCUUAAGGAAAACUUCAAGUAGAAGGUAAUUGCACUGAUUUUUGUGGUUUUUUUUUAAAUUCCCUUUUUACUGUAAGAAUUUUUUUUUUUUGCAUCUGCUGUAGCUGUUUGAAAAUACUGUAAAUAGUGUUCUGUACAGCAAAUACUGAAAUGCUGGGGAUACCAUUCCUAGUUACAUUUUCCAGAAUACUGCCAUGUGUUUCCAGUGUUGAGAUAGCAGCUUUGGUGUUAAAUGCUGUUAUACUUUGUGUGCAUUAUGGUAUCAAUCCAGGAAGGGCACAGUUGCUGUAUUACAGUGGAAGUACUUAGGGUUUGGCUGAAUUUAUAAAACAUUUCUUUCUUCUCUCAUCUGUUCACAUUUCUCCCAGACCACAAAUAUGAAGUUUAUCAGCUCUCACUGUGUUCAUUGUCUGUGCAAGGUUCAGACGCCAGUUUUGGUAUCACUUUGACUGAUUAAUGCAACAUCUGGAUUAUCAGCUGUAGCUCUCACAGAUUUUCCUUGCUUGUCUGAUUCUUGUGUUGUAGAAGCAGAACCAGUGAUUUGGCAGAAUUAGUGGAAUGACAGCAAUUUGGGAUCUGGUUACAAUGUCUUGCUGUCUGUCCCUGCAUGGUGUGGGGUUGGUCAGUGCAGUGGCUGUUUCAGUGCUCUGAGCUAAGGAAUGGUGUCACCUCUGGCUGUCCAUGGAUCUCCCAUCCAUCAGCAUUUGCCUUUUGCUUCCAUAACCCUUGGGGAUGGGACAGACCCCAACUCCAGCCCCAUGGUCUGACUUUAGAAUGCAAACCAACAAGUUCUGCCUACUGUUUCUGAGGGUUAAUGACUGGAAAGAUGCAUUUCUGAGAUGGUUUAAUCUAAUUUAUAUGGGAAAAGGGUGCUUUGUAUGGCAGAGACUCUGUUUAAUCCCAUUUAGUGUUUCGGUUGCUUUGUCAGAGUUGUUUCCUUGAAGUCUUAAUUUGAAUGUAAUUGCUUGGCCAAAUCACUACAAAAGUAGGUUUGUGAGAAUCUUUAGUUGCAAAGCAGGUGCAGUUCAAGGCUACCUCCUGUAUUCAUUCACUGAAGAAUUAAUUGAAGUGAACCUCCCACUAAGCAGCCAAAAUGCUCCCAGAGGGUCUGGAUUUGUCCUGGUCUGUUCCUUACUGGGAAGUGGCAGUGCCAUACUGUGAUCCUGGGUGGCUGCUCAGCCUUCCCUCUAUCUUCCAGAGACUUCCCUGUGUAUUGAGAGGGUACCAGACCUGGCAAGAGGCACAUCUGGCACGUCUGCUUCUGGUCAAGGUCACUCCAUAGCAGCAGCUCCUUCUGUGACCUGUCCCUUCACUUGUGUUUCUAUACUGUUGUUUUCCAAAUGAAAGAUGUUUCUGUGCUUUACCUGUUGGCCAGAAAAUGUCAGGUUUUCUCUGCAAAUGACAUGAAGGUGCUUGAAAUAUAUUUUGAGUCUGAGGCAAAAAAUAUGUAUUGCACUAUUUUUAAAAUGUGUUUUUUAGAUAAGUUGACAUGCAACUGUAAGAAUGAAAAUACUUUGUUCCCUGCUCAGCAAAAUAUGAACUUUAAAAUGUGGGGAAAAAAUACCAAACCAAAAGACCAAAAAACAAUCCUAAUGCUCAGUAUGUUCAUCUUGGGACUAUUUAGUAUCAUUUAUGUGCAAAACUUUGGCCAAAACUCAAUCUUGACAUAAGUGCACGUGGACUGAGGGUGCUUUAAGUGACCUGAAAUGAAACCGUAGAAAACUGUGUUAAUAGAUCAGAUUUUGUUUACAAUUAUUCCAAACAAGCUUCCUCAUCUCAGAACAAACCACUCUGGUGACAGAAAUACCUGUUGGAGCACUGUGUGCUUGUGUGGUUUCAUAGCAGUGUUGAAGUUGAUUUUUCUUUACGAGUAACUGGGCUUUUUGCUGUGGAUUUCAUCCUGUCAGAGUGAGUUUUGUGGGACUCUGUGCUCCCUGCAUUUUCCUUCCCUUAAUCUCUGUGUCUAGACACUAAUGAAGCUCAUCCAUGGCAGUAGGAUUGCUGAUGUCCUGACUUUCUGGAACCCAGAUUUUGCAAGUGACUGAGUAAACCAUUAUAAAUCAGCUCAUUAAUAACUGAAUGGGGUAAAAUCCUCAGUGUGGUUCAGGUCUCAGUCAUGAUUUAACAGAGCCCCCACCCCCAAAGUGUGAAGUGCAGGGUAGAUGGCUGCUCUGGAGAAGAUGGUUCACUACAUUGUGCACUGCAGAUCGUGGACACUAUUGCUGGCAGGGCUGUGCAGAGAUGCUGAACAGCUUCUCUGCCAUUGAUGGGAGCAGAGUUUUGUGUUUUCCAGACAAGGCAGAGCUGGGAUCAUCAGGAAGUUUUAAGGAGUGAAGGAGCUCCAUGCUGCUCAUGACCUAGGGAAGAGAAACACUGGGUGCCCCAACCCUUGGGGAAAUGAGAGAGGAAGUGAGGGGAGACAUUUCCUUGCAAAAUUUCCAGUUUAGGAACUUGUUCAAGGGACAGUUCACUUCUUAGAUUUCCUUCUGGCUUCCCUGUAAGUGCCCCUCAGAAGUCCUCCACCCUGCACCCAUCUGCUGGCCCAUCCCAAAUGGAGAAGGCUGGCAGGGAGCUCCCCAAGUCCAAUUGUGGUGUCAGAGAGCUGUGACUUGGUUGGGGCCAGGACAGGGGCACUGCUGGAUCUGGAGGGGCAAGAGGUUGGCAGGAGUUAAUUGUGGGAGUUCUGCAUUGUGGCAGCAUUACAAACCCACAGCAUGAGAUGCAGGCUGUGGCUGCUCCUCCCUCCCAUCUAAAUAUCCCCCAAAAAAGCCUUUUCUUUGGAUUUGUCCAUGUGCUGCCUCAACAGAUCCAUUGUAAACCUGCCUGUGGCUGCUCUUCCACCAACCAACCUCCCUGUGUGGUUUGAGGAGCCUUGGGCUGCAUGGCAGUUCUGUGUCAAAGGGAAUAAUCCUUUCCACAGGGUUCUCUGGAGUGCACAGGUUUUAGUUGUAUUUUUUCCCCACGUUAUUGCAGAUGCUUUCUGGCCUGGGAGCAAGCCUAGGGGUUGUCCCCAAAAAACAAACAUCUGUGGUCAUUUUAUGUGGGUUGCUUUUUUUUUUUUUUUUUAGUGUGCUUGGCAAGCAUGAAUGGUGAACAGGUCAGCAUGCAAGCUUGGGGAUCUCUAAUCCCCUGGCUGCAGCUGUUUGUGUUUGCUUUGUUAGGUUAGAUUUCCUGUCAGAAAAAAAUAAAAAUAGAAUGUGGACUCUUUUCUGUAUUUAUCAACUUUUCCUGGUUUUAAAGCCUGAACAGAGGAAGCUUCACUUGUGCUGGUGUUUGUGAAAUUGCACAUUUUUGCCUGACAUGUACUUGACUCAAAGCAGAUCGUGUCUGGGCUUUAUGGGCACCCAAAACCUCUGCUGCUGUGGGUUGGAUCAGACCUCUCAUGUGCCAACGUGACAUGCAGUGAAUUUUAUUUUGAGAUUUCACCAAAGUUAUUUCUGCAUUAACUGUGAGGUGCUCAAACCUCACUGUUUUAUAGCACUGUUUCUAUGCUAUUAAAAAAAAUAGGAUUUCACCCAAAUUUUGUCAUUCAUUAUAUAUUUUCUUGUGAAAUUUAACAACUGAGCCCUUCAGCUGCUCAUCUCAUUUACAAAUGACAACUUUGUAAUUGCAUAUUAAAGAAAAUAAGAGAAAAAAAAAACACAUUAAGGAGUAAGUUUUAGAUUUGUCUUGGAAAAUCAGAUUUUCAAUAAGGUGCAAUGAGGAAUUACAACUGGCAAAGUUCUGUGCUAUCCUGAAGAGUGUUACCACUUCCCUUCUGUAAUUUGUUGGUAAAGUUUAGCAGGUUCUCUAGAUCUGUGUGUGUCCCUUUUUGAGUGUGUACAUGUGUGUGACAGGACAGGGGACAGGGUAUAGGUUGUCUGUAAAAGAUACAAAGACAGUAUUUGGCUGGAAAUAACAAGCACAAUUUCCCUGGCUUUUGCAGUAUUUUAUUAGUUGUACAAUCAUAAAGAUUUCAGCAUUUAGGGCAGUUGAUAAGUCAAGAUCCAGCCUCAGAUUUCUGUGCAGCAGAGUGGUUGACUGGAUCUUGGGAUGAUGAGAUGGAAAACAGAAUGUAUUGAUUAAAUAUAUUUUUUUCUGCUUUAAUUUUGGUACAUUGCAAAAUUAACUGACUUUAUCUGUUAAUGUUUUAGUAUUUUUGUUUUAAUAGUUUCAAAUUUUUUUAAAAAUAUUUUUUAUAAAAUAACUGAAAAAAAAAAAAGAACCAAAAAUCAUUCUAGAAGCUUCAUAUUGUAAAUGCUCCCUCCAGUCAGAUUGUUUGUGACCAUAUAAAAUUGAUUGGAUUUUUAUUUUAUUUUAUUUUGUUUUGUUUUGGUUUUUUUUGAGAAAAAAAAGAUAUGCUGUUAAGGUCGUUCCAAGUGGUACUAAAUGUGUGUUGAGUAGUUUUGUGUGUGUGUUGCAACUCUGUUGGAAUUGUCUGGUGCUUGCAGUAUUGCAGUAUAGAAAUGAUUGGUGCUGGCUGGGUGAGAGUAGCACUUGUAAUGCAAAACCAGGCCCAGAAUUACCCUCAGCUGACUCUGAGGAGCAUCCCUGGCACUGUAGGGUUUCCCAUGGAGGUUGGAGGCAUCACUUGGCAGAGCUGGGGAGGGGGGGACACAGGGGGUGUUAAUUAAUUCAUUAACAGCAAUUAAUCCAUUGCUCCUCUCAGUGCUGUAGGUGAGCACUUGUGUGAUGCUGUGUGGCCACGCCACUUUAAACUAAGCCUUAACUAAAUGAUAAAAGUGUCAGAUUCCUCUCUCAGAGUAUGCAAAAAUACUGUUCAAGGACAGGAGGAUGUUCCUGUAGAGCUGCAGUGUAAGCAAAGGCAGUCUCCUGACCUGAGAAAUAAGGGACACCUGUACCUGUCUGUACUGUGAUGCCUCUUUGGGUGCUGGCUGUCUCAGGCUCUUGGGCAUUCCCCUGGCAGCUGACCCCAAACAGGCAUUCCCAAAUCCCAGCUUUUUGUUGUCCUUGUUGUCAGACAUAUUCUCCUCCCUCCCCCUGCCAGCAAAUCUCUGCCUGAAGGAGGAUUGUGAUUUAACACUUCAAAUUUUACAUCCCAAAAAAAGCCAUUCUUGAAUUGCAUGCUUGCUUCGGGUAGGUGCCAUCACUUCCACUUCUUAUGACUGACAUAGGAUCCUUAAAACAUUUUAAAUAGAGGCAAAAAAAAAACAGUGUUGGGGACCCAGCUUGCUUUUUUUUUUUUUUUAAAUUUGGAUCUACCUCAUGUUACCAGUUGGGUGCUAAUGUCUCAAAUUGUCAAGGAGAUUUGGCAAAGGUGACCAAACUGACCCCAUCCAUGGCCCAAACCCUCGGGUUUCUUGUUCUGAGACAACAAUCUUGGAUUUGAGUUCUAUUCUUUGUGCCUUUGUGGUUUUUUUUCCCCAGUGCACAACAAUCAAAACUUCCUGAUUAAAAACAGCAAAUAGCUUUUAACCAUGCUACAAAAAAAUCUGAAUUUGAAAACAUUUUUCGGUGUAGCAAGUUGAAAAUAAAAUUAUCACAGCUGACCUAGGCAAAGAGAAAUACCCAAUAAAGAAGGUUUUGGAAAUGUUUAAUCCUGACCCCGAAUCUCUACAUCUCUGUGUCUCUAUAUAUGCACAAAGCACAUGACUUUGUGUAUGUGUGCAUAUAUAAAAAUAUAAAAUGAAGGGAUACACAUGUAAGGGUGAGGGAAUAAAACAUCAUUGACCUUUCCACAGUUUGUGUGUAAGAGUUUACAACCACGUGUAAGUUUUUUCUACUAUGCGAACCUUUUUUACUCAAAAAGAACUCCUUUUCAGAAAGCUUUUAAGUUGUGAUAUGCUAUCAUUUUUUGAAGUUUAAAUUUUUUUUUAAAAAUCCACUUUUUACCAGUACCUACUACAGAGGGGAAAUCUUUGCAGUAAAAUUGUAUUUAGUUUAAAUAUUAAAAAAAGAAAUAAAUCUAUAUAUGGGAUUGUAAAAGUGCUGACAUUCCAUCAUGGCAGGAUUUCCAAGCUGUUUUCUAAGGCUUUCUAUUGCAGAGAGACUCAAACAAAAGGAAAAUGCCUCUGUUCAGUGUUUUUAUAAAACUGCUCCAUCAGGUCUAGACUUAAGCUGUAUUUUCUAAAGCUUAAUCAUCCUUUAAUAUGCUGCAGAUAAAUGAUCAGCAUGGUUGCACUUUCUCAGUAAUAAUGUUUGCCCUACAAUUGGCUCGUGAUAAGGACUUGAGUUUUUUAACAAAACCAAUCGUACUUUGGGCAGAAGGUAAUAUUUAUAUAGGUACCUCAAGAUUAAAAAAAGAACCUGAAUAUGCUGCAUUUUGUUUCUUUAACAUUUUUCAUGUAGCAUUUGUUUGCUUUUCUGGUGUUUUAGGAGAUUACUUAGCUACCUGUUUGCUUUGGGGGACCCUGAGAGCAUUUUAGGCCAUUGUUUUCUCUGGAUCUCAUAGAAUGUAGUAUCCUGCCUUGGGAUCAUACAGGAGUCUGGGAUGGGAUGUGCCCUGCAGUGUGUACACACGGGGAGGGGGACCAUGGAAAUUUGUUUUAUGGACUUCAGGAAAAGGAUACUAUAUUCCUAAAACAGACAAUACAUGUUCCUAAUUCUUAAUUAUGGUUGGGUGGGUUUUUUUUUUUUUUUUUUUUUGCUUGUUUUUUUUUAAUUAUGGUGGGGGUUUGUGUUUUUUGGGCUUGUUCUGCUUUCUUGACUCUUUUCUCAAAUACGAGUGUGGAAAGGGGCAGUUGAUUAAUGGGGGCACACAGUGACCAAACCUGCCCCAUUGGUGGGUGUUUUGGGGGUGAUUCCCCAAAUCCACAGGUAAGAGCAACGUCCCACGUUGGAGCAGGGCUCUGUUGAUCUUGGCCUGCUCCCUAUUGCAGAUCCACCCUCUACUCCUUCAUUUCUGAGUCAGUGAAAUCUAAAAAUGUGCAGAGAUGGGAAAUUUUUGUUGAGAACUGUUGAAGGAAGCUUCAAAGGCUGUGAAAUUGAGCAUUUAUUGUCAUGUUUUUAAGCUUAAAUGGGUCCUUUUCCAAGUUUGUUUUACAGCUUGCAAGGUAAAAAUAGUUUGCACUACUUUUGCAAUAAACUCAUGAAAAACCUAACAGGUUCUGUUCUGGUUUCUUACUGUAUAUAUACAACUAAUACUAAAGAUUUAGCAUAGUGUUUUUCACCUCAAAACAUAAGACUUGUAACAAGCUCAGAAUGCUGUAAUUCCUGACAAAAUAAUGAUGUGAAUGAUAUUUUAUAAAGUUAUUUUGUAUGGUGUCGAUUUUGUUUUGCCUCAUAGUAUGUCAAUAAAAUAAAAUUCCUCAUCUUUACAAGA